CUAAACUGCGCGUUAAAUUCCACCUUAAAAUAAUCCGGCGGAAGAUCGGGCACUGUUUUGAGGUCUCCCGGGAGCACAUGCUUUCCCCUCGUCACCAGCCAUGGACGAAAUGGGGGAUUCGACUCAGCAGUCCCAGAGUCCUGUAAAGACCGAGUGGAAUUCCCGAUGCGUGAUCUUCACCUACUUCCAGGGUGACAUCAGCAAGGAGGUGGAUGAACACUUCUCCCGAGCCCUGGGGCUCAGUGUCAGCAGCCUGCAGGAGUUGAGCCCCUCGAACCAGCACCGCAAGGAGAGCCAGCCGCGGGAAGAAGUGAUCCUGACCAACGAGACGGACCUGGCUCCCAAUCAGUGGCGUUUCUCUUCUCCGUGGACAAAGCCCCAGCCAGAAGCCAACUUUGGAAAUGGUGAUACCAACUGCAACGUGGAUGCAUUUGAGCCCGUGGCCAUGAACCCGUACCCGAUAACCACGACCAGGAGCCCGCUGUCUCAGCCCAACCAGCCGUGGCAGUCGCCCACCCUCCCCUAUUCCAACUCCGUUGAUCUCAACUACCCUUCUGCCUUCUCUGUCCCUGAGGCCCUGGCGCCCGUGCCAGAGCCCCAGCAGGAAGAGAAGUGUGAGUCCCUUGUAAGCUUCAUCCAGCAAGACAGAAGUGUAGCCCUUCCUCAGCAACCGGUCUCCUCCAUCUCUUGGGAGGAUGGCUACACGAGCCAGACAGCUGGAGGGUCAGGAUUACACUUCAACUUGUCUCCCAGCUCCAGCUCUGCUCAGCCAAUUACUCCUGGUGGUACUUGGGGAACCAUGUGGAAUGCCGGGGACCUGCUGCAGUAUUUAAAUGUUGCAGUGAAAUGA